AUGACAACAACGUCUCACUCCCAAAUCGUGGACAUCCAGCCCGAUGUUCCGGCACUAGACCGGGGUUGUCCCGUUGAAAAGGAUUUGGAACUAGAGAAGGCUGAUCCGGCGCCACUGCGUCAGGAUGCAUUUGGUGAUGAGGAACAUGCUGAAGUGAAAUACAAGGUGUUAAAAUGGUGGCAAGGAGGCCUACUCAUGGUAGCAGAGACUAUCUCACUUGGUAUCCUAUCUCUCCCGGCAGCAGUUGCAGGGCUGGGUCUUGUGCCAUCACUCAUUGUUAUCAUCGGCUUGGGUGCACUCGCUUCAUAUACGGGUAUGCUCAUUGGACAAUUCAAGCAAAGGCACCCGCACAUCUCGAGUAUGGCCGAUGCUGGUGAAGUUUUGAUGGGGCGAUUUGGUCGAGAGUUGCUGGGUACGGCCCAGUUGCUGUUUCUCAUUUUUAUCAUGGCCAGUCAUAUUUUGACAUUUACUGUUGCUUUCAAUGUUAUUACCAAGCAUGGUACUUGUACAAUGGUUUUUGGUAUUGUCGGCAUGAUUAUUUCCUGUUUCCUGUCACUUCCUAGGACAUUGGCGAAGGUUUCAUGGCUUUCGCUUGUUUCAUUCAUCAGUAUCUUGUCUGCGGUCUUGAUCACUAUGAUCGCGGUUGGUAUUCAGAAUCCCGGGACUGUCGUCCACGCUACUAUUGAGACGAACCUGGUGACUGGGUUCAUGUCUGCCGCGAACAUUGCUUUCUCAUACGUGAGCCAUAACACCUUCUUCACAUUCAUCGCCGAGCUCAAAGACCCGAAUGACUUUCCCAAAGCCCUUGCUCUCCUUCAAACCGUCGACAUGACCCUCUAUAUUAUCGCAUCGGUUGUGAUCUACCGCUACGUCGGCUCUGCUGUCACCUCGCCUGCUUUGGGAUCCGCUGGUCCUCUGAUCUCCAGGAUAGCAUACGGGGUGGCUCUUCCUACGAUCGUCAUUGCAGGAGUGAUCAAUAGCCACGUUGCCGCGAAGUCCAUAUAUAUUCGUGUUUUCGCCGGUACAGACCGCAUGCACAAGCGGGAUUGGAUUGCCGUUGGCUCGUGGGUUGGCAUUGCGUUUGUGCUCUGGGUUGUUGCGUGGAUUAUCGCAAUGGCUAUCCCGGUCUUCAGUGAUCUGCUAACUUUGAUCACUGCUCUAUUCGGAAGCUGGUUUACCUUUAUCUUCACUGGCAUCUUUGGAUUGCAUAUGAACCAGGGGCUGUGGUUUGCAUCGCCUAGGAAGAUGUUUUUGACCUUCCUGAAUUGUUUCUCUAUUUCCGUUGGCCUUGUUCUGUGUGGUCUCGGCCUGUAUACCUCCGGAAAAUCAAUCCAUGACAAUACCUCAGGCAGUGGCAGUUUCUCUUGCGCCGAUAACUCCUGA